GGACAGCCACAUGCCCGAAUCACCACCAACACCACCCACCCGAUCGUGCCGCAACCACCCCAAAUAGAGCCUAUCAACGCUGCGCUUGAAGCUAUAGCUGCUUUAGAACCUGGAGAAAAACUUGUGUAUGCCCAAAUUGCUCGAAAAUUUGGUGUUGAGCCGUCAACGCUGAGGCGGCGCCACCAAGGUUUAACUACCUCGCGCGAGGCCUACUACUAA